CGCCCACACACAAGCGCAUAUUAGCUGAGACUGAGUAUUUGCUCAUAGUCCAGCUCCGAGAUCACAAGUGUCGCUCAUCAACACAAGGGCACCAUGGCAUCUCUAUCGAUCAAAGCUUCCUUUUGCCCUACUCUCAUCAUCCGUUUACAAACAAUAUGGCCAUCUCUCUGAUCCUGUCAGGAUUUUCUCCGCUUUUGGCGAGUUUUCUGGUGACACCAUCCCAUUAAGCGAGGAUUUACGCAGGACCCAAGAGGUCAUGCAGCCACAGUCGAGUGAACGAGGGGGGAUCAACGAAUCGGAUAAGAACGUGGCUGAAUUCCAAGAACCUGAUGUUCGCAAUGGCAUCGUGACAUGCGCCGCACUCUCCCUCGAUGGUCACUAUAUUGCACUCGGAUUUGGCAGCGGAAUUAUCGAAGUGGCCGAUAUCGACCACCAGCACACGAUCUGCCGAUUGCAGCGCGAUCCAGCCAAUCUCCCAGCCUGGAUCGAAUUUGUCCACGGCAGCCACCGAGUCGCCACUGAGGACAAUGAAGGGAAUGUAAGAGUCCUCAGUGAUGGUAUGACCCCUGUGAACCUUGGCACUCUUCCCACCGGUCCCUACCCAGCUGGAACUACGGCCUCAGAUAAUGGAUUAUUUGUUGUGCGAGUCCCACGGAACCUCGACAACCAUUGGUGCUACCAUAUGGUACUCAUAUCUGUUUCGGAGGUUCCAUCCAUUCAGCUUCUCGCCUCGCCUCCCUUUUCCCCGCCUUCUCCAUUCCAUGAUACGGGUUUAGUCAUUCCGCACCGUCGGACGCUUGGUUUCUCCCCGGGAGCACGUUAUGUUGGUGCUUUUGAUGGAACCCAGGCUGUUACCUGGUCAACGGAAUCAUGCCAGUGCAUUGCGGGUUAUUGGGUGACGAACUUCGAUUACUGGGUUAUUAAUCCUAACGUCCCUCCGACACGCUCGUAUCUCAUCCCUGAUCCUAUGUUCACUCGAGCCCUUCUUCCCUUGGCAGAAGGCGAGACAACUUGUGUGCAUCAUUCCGACGCGGAUGCGGGGCGUGACUCCGAUGAGUCCUGGAUCAAGCACCCAUUUUACGACCUCUCGCCAAGGAACUCAGAGGAAAGAGUUUACCUUCAAUGUUUGCCUGCCGCAACGAGAACCCCACUAAUCAGUUUAUCAUUCAACCGAUUAUCUUUAUGGCUCAAUGGCAGAGAUGAGCUCGUGCUCCCAAAGGACUAUCGACCGAUUGCUUCCCAGCAAGGCUGGUAUGGUCAUCGAGUGCCAUAUGAUUCCCUGUACCUCCACCGCCCUCAGUCCAGUAGCGACGGGACACGAUUUCUGCUCCAGGGUCUGGCAAGGGCCCUAAUUGUCGUCGAUAUUAGCCAAGUCAUUUAGCAUUUUCCAGUGCGCCCGUUGUUGCUUACUCAUCACUCCCUGGGCAGAGCGCCAGAUGGCUUUUGCUCUGCAACGCUGAUUAGGAUUGUAAGCAGUCCUUGAAGUGUAUAUCAUGUACUAUACCCGGUAUUCUCGUAGUGUUAGGUUCGGUAACCAAUCCAGCGAGAUUGGUAACAACGACCUCUGGUAUCCUGUGGAGUACAGGAAGCGAAG